AGGGGUGAGAGGGCAGACAGGGUUAGAGAUUUAGAGGAGGCGGGGGCCCGGAGGAAGCACGUGUCCGCAUCCCUUUCUUCCUGCUCUUUAUCUCUAUAUCCUUAGGGUUUGACUGCUGCCGAGACAGCCCCGGGGCCCUGUGUAUGGCCACGGAGUUACAGUGUCCGGACUCCAUGCCUUGUCACAACCGGCAAGUAAACUCUACUUCUACCCCAAGUCCCGAGCGUCUGCGAGCAGACGACCCGAUCCUGGAUCAUGCCGAAGAAAAUAACGCUGCUAUGGCUAAGCUGACUCUGCUCCCCGGGCACGCCCAUUCUAGCGUGCUCUUGGAGCGGGACUCUCAGGCCUGCUGUGGCACUAAUCUUCACUCUGAGAACCACAGUGACAGUAGCGACAGUGUCAACUACGAAGCACCUGUCGGCGACUCCCUGCUAGGGGACUGUGAACUCUCCCGACAAAUUGGGGCACAGCUUAAGCUGCUGCCUAUGAAUGAUCAGAUCCGGGAGCUGCAGACUAUCAUCCGGGACAAGACAGCCAGUAGAGGGGACUUCAUGUUUUCUGCGGAUCGUUUGAUCAGACUUGUUGUAGAAGAGGGACUGAAUCAGCUGCCAUAUAAGGAAUGCAUGGUGACCACGCCGACAGGGCACAAGUAUGAAGGAGUGAAAUUUGAGAAAGGAAAUUGUGGGGUCAGCAUAAUGAGGAGCGGUGAGGCAAUGGAGCAAGGUUUACGAGACUGCUGUCGAUCCAUACGAAUUGGGAAGAUUCUGAUUCAGAGCGAUGAGGAGACACAAAGGGCCAAAGUGUAUUAUGCCAAGUUCCCUCCAGACAUUUAUCGUAGAAAAGUCCUUCUGAUGUAUCCAAUUCUCAGCACUGGAAACACUGUAAUUGAAGCUGUAAAGGUUCUUAUAGAACAUGGAGUUCAACCCAGUGUUAUUAUCCUACUCAGUCUCUUCUCCACUCCCCAUGGUGCCAAAUCAAUCAUUCAAGAAUUUCCAGAGAUCACAAUUUUAACUACUGAAGUUCAUCCUGUUGCACCUACACAUUUUGGACAGAAAUACUUUGGAACAGACUAAGUUGUUAAAGGAAGACGAAAUAACUUUGUGUGAUAUUAUGGUUGUGAAUGGAUUUCAUAUUUGUUUUUACUAAUUUGUUUGAGAAGUAAUGGAGAAAAUACAAUAGGAAUACCUUUUUUUUUUUUCUUUUUUC